GAGUGUGAGUGAUUUUUUUUUUUUUGGAAGGGGGCACCCCAUGGUUCUGGGAGCACUUUGCGGGGGGACAAACUCCUGUAUUUUUAUGAGGACACCCCCAUAAAUUUUUAUAAUGAUUUGAAGCGGGGUGGACACAAUAAUUUUAGGGGAGUGAACCCAAUGCCCCUCUUCUGGUAGGAGGGGUUUGGGUGGGAGAGGGGUGGAGCUUUUGGGGUCCCUCCCCCUCAUAAGGUGUUAUAGGGGCAGAGCUGGGGCCCCCCAUCCCACAGAACAAUGGCGGUGGUGAUGCUUCUGCUGCUGCUCCUCCUGGCUCUGAUCUGGGGGGGGUCAGCCAGGUGGGGGGGGGCCCCAUGGGGGGGGACCCUGCACCUCCUGCACCCAGAAGGGCCACAGCACCUCCACGUCCUCACCCAGACCUAUGGGGACCCCUUAUGUCUGCGCUUGGGGGGACGUGAGGUGGUGGUGCUGAGCUCUGCAGCCGCCAUCCGUGAGGCACUGGCACGGCGCUGGGGGGACUUCGUGGGACGCCCCCACAGUUACCUGGCGUCCUUGGUGUCGCGGGGGGGGCAGGACCUGGCGCUGGGGGAUGCAUCCCCAGAGUGGCGACGGCAGCGAGGGGCAACGCGGGGAGCGCUGGCGCGGGCUGUGAGACACCUGGAGCCUCUCCUGGAGCUACAGGGCUGGGCGCUGUGCCAGGAGCUGAGCUCUUAUGGGGCUGCCCCAGUGGACCUCUUUGAGACAUUCGCGUUCCACACCUGCAGCACCAUCUGCCGCCUCGCCUUCGGGGACCUGAUGCCCCCCGAGGCAGAGGUGCGCUCCUUUACACGCUGUGUGGUGGAACUGCUGGAGGUGUGGGGCUGGGCCAGUGUGCGGGCACUGGAUGUGCUGCCUCCACUAAGGGUGCUGCCCAACCCGGGGCUGCGGGAGCUGCUGCGCCUGGUGGAGCGCCGUGACGCCUUUGUGGAGACCCAGAUCCGAUGGCACCAGGUGGGGAUGUGGGGACAUGGGAACAGAGGGGGGAUACAGCUGCAGGGGGUAACACAUGUGUCCCUACAGGGCUGCACAUCCCCCCCCAGGGACACAGUGCUAGGGGCACUGCUGGGGGGGGACCCCACUGUCCCUAUGGGGCCUCUGGGGGGGGACCGCCUGCACAUGGCCCUUGUGGACCUCUUCAUUGGUGGCACCGAAACGACAGCGGCAGCUCUGUUGUGGGCUGUGGCCUUCCUGCUGCACCACCCCCAGGUGCAGGACCGGGUGCGUGCAGAGUUGCACCAGGUGCUGGGCCCCACAGGGACCCCAAAGCCAGGGGACAUGGGACGACUGCCGCUGCUCCGCGCUACUGUCACCGAGACCCUCCGCCUGCGUCCCCCUGCGCCUCUUGCACUGCCCCACUGUGCCCGGCGCCAUUCCAGCAUUGCAGGAAUCCCGGUGCCUGUGGGAUCCAUCGUUAUCCCAAACCUCUUUGCUGCGCACCACGACCCCAAGAUCUGGGACCGUCCUGAUGAGUUCCUGCCUGAGCGGUUCCUGCAACCAGGGGCCCCCUGGCGAGCGCUGCUGCCCUUUGGUUGUGGGGCACGCUCGUGUGUGGGGGAGGCGCUGGCUCGGGCAGAGCUCUUUGUGUUUUUGGGGUACAUCCUACAGCGAUUCCGCCUGGAGCCACCGUCUGAUGGGGCUCUGCCCCACUUGGGGGUUACCGCCGGCACCGUGCUGCGUUGCGUCCCAUUCCGUGUGCGCCUCGUGCCCUGCCCACCCCAUAGCUCCUGAGCCCAGUGUGUGCGAUGCAUGGGUCAGUGCUGGUUACUCGCAGCUUUAUUGACUCCAUAAAGGCUCCACUGCACCCCACAACCUUUUCAGUGCUCUCAGUCACGCUGUGGCCGCAGCUUCAUCUCUGUGAAGGGGAUGGAGUACUCAAAGCCCUUCCAGGGGUACCAGUUGAUGCCCUGCAGAGAGGGAGGGGGGAUUUGGUCACACCCUAUAGGCAACUUACCACAGUUCUACAGACACAUAUAGGCCCUACAGGGGGCCCCCAAGUACCCCCUUCCCUGCUCCAGCUUCUACAACUCUUAUAGGAUCCCAUACUCACAUAGGAGAGACAUGAGGCUAAAGCGACCUUGUGGGGGGGUAGCCCUCCAUAUUUACCCUGCAUAAACUCCAUGGCCCCACAGUGACCCCCUCCUGUCCCAUUGGGUUGUUUUUAUGCCCCCAUAGGCCCAUUUACGAUUCCCACAGACCCCUUCAUA